UUUACUUUGGGCAGUUGCUGCAUUGAUCCACUGAAUUUCUGUGCCAGUCCUUGAGAAGUCAAAGUAGAAAUUGCUCUAUGGCAGAUGCAUAACAAAAUUGGAACUGGCAGUUCCAACACUUGUAAUCAUUUGACACUUGCAUAAACCACUGAACAUAAAUCGGGCUCCCAGUUGCAGUAUCCAUUACAUGCCUUUUAGUGCUGGUAAUUGUGCAUGGUCACUUCUCUUAGCAUGCCAUGCCCAUGUAGCCAUAGAUCACGUGUUGCGCCCCAUAACAACAGAGUCAUGCCCCUAACAAAGCACAUUGUUAACUAGUAGUUUCUUUCUGUGAGUACAACCAUUUGUAAAUCUGUACAAGCUGUGUUCAGCUGCUUCAUGUAUGGACUAACUGUAGAUAUAGUUUACAAGGUACCAAAACUGUUUUGUAGUAUGAGCAUUGCAGGUCGUGGUGUUAGGUGGGACUACAAAACUACACUCUGAAUUCUCGAUGUUCUCAUGUUCCUUUUUUUUUGAAACGGAGGCAAAAGAUAUCCUUUCUAUCCAAGUAAAUAUUUGAACUAAAUGUUUUUAGCAUGAACUGCAUUACUUUGGUUUUAUUUGUCAUAAAUAUUUCCUCAGUUUGCUGAUCUAAUUAAAAUGUGCCUUGGUAUAACUUACAAGUAGUAGUUUAGUAGAGCACUCUUAGCUGGUGAAGCACUUAUAUAUGACACAAUAGUCAUACAAACUUUCCGUGCACCUUAAACUGUAACGCUUGGGGAAUGUGGCCUUGUAUGGAGAGACAGGGAUACUGAUACCCCAGGAGAUGUGCAAGGGUUGAGAGUUUGAGACCAUCGUGUGAAUCCAGCUAAUCGUAGUCGUGCGAUGAGAGACACCUCAUUGAUGAUAAACUAGAAAGAUUUUCCAUGGUCCAUGUUGCUCCAGCCUCCAUGCAUUCUCUUGAGUGGGAUGAGAGUAUUACAAUGUUCGUAAAUUCAAAUUUAAAACUGAUGCUUUGUGCAGUAUAAAAUGUGAAGGCGAAGGAUUCAGUCCUUGCUAGCAUCCCAAGUUAUCAUAUGUCAUGUUUCCUUUGGCCUAAGGAAUCCCUUAGUACGUUGGAAAAAUUGUUGAGGGCUUUUUUCUGGCAAGGCAAGAGCACAGUCAAGGGAGGCCAAUGCCUCGUUGCCUGGCAUUUUGUCACUCUCCCAAGAUCUGCAGGCGGUUUGGGCAUCAGGGACCUUCUUGCUCAUAACCAAGCUUUGCUCACCAAGUUUGCAGCUAGAGUUUUGCAGACCUCGGAAAUCCCCUGCUUUCAAUGGUUUGCCCAGCAGUACUGCAAGCUCUUUAUCCCUCUCAAAGGCUCAAAACCGUGACACGGCUAUAUGGAAAAACUUCAAACCUUUUAUUCCUACAGUGUUGGCAUCUUCCAAGUGUUCAACGGGUCCUGGCAAGCUUAUCUCCUUCUGGCAUGAUCUCUGGUUGUCAGCGGGGUGACUACGGUUCUUGUUGCCCGCCCUCUUCUCGUAUGCUAAAGAUGGCGCUUGCACGGUGGCCUCUCAGCUCUGCAACAACACCUGGUGCAUUCAACUGCACCCCAACCUGUCGGCCACUGCCGCCCAUGAACUGCAAAUGCUGCACUCUUUUCUACCCCAGCCUCCUACAGAUGCUGCAGUUUCCGGCUCAGACGUCAGAGUUUCUGCUAUACACCAUAAGCCACUGACUACUUCUCAAGUCUAUCAACUUUCUACCUUCAGAGGUGUGGCCUGUGAGUUCAGCUCCUGGAUUUGGGACAAGAUCAUCCCUCUGAGGUAUCGCGUCUUUCUCUGGCUGGCUUUUUGGGGUCGACUCAACACACGAGAUAACAUGAUUCGGAAACAUUGGUCCCUACUUACCGAGCACCAGGACUGUGACAUUUGCCCUGCCAGCGAGUCUGCCAGCCACAUUGUUCUGCGCUGCUUCCCGGCUUCUGUUAUCUGGGCCACGUUCCAUAUGAACGACCUUGCCUCUAGCUCCACGGACAUCGUUCAUUUUAUGCACAGAGCUCAGCAAGCUUGGAUCAACUCUAGAGGAGUGCACAUUCUUUUCGCUGCGGCGGCAGUUACUCUCUGGCACGCGAGAAACGACAGAAUCUUCAACAACAAAAGAUGGCCCCCGUCCUAUCUCAGAAGGGAGGUUCACGACGAAGUAAGUCAAGCAAGGCAGAAGGCUUCAACGAUGAAACACCGGCGACAAGAGCAGGAGUCGGCUCGUAGAGAGAAACUCAGGCAAGCUUUCCUCAAGAAGCGCCUUGACAAGUUGAUGGCUGAAAAGCAAGCAUCUUCAGCGAGUGAUGACCAACCAAAUAGCUAAUCGAGAUUUUGUAUGUCUUACACUUGUGCCCAGGAAGCAGUUGUUGUAGCUCAUGUGGUAAUGGUUCAUGCAACUGAAAAUGAGAAAACUUGCCCUGCAUGUGAUCUCUUGAUCUAGCGAAAUCAAAUUCAGAAAAUUGUCUUGGCAUGUACAGUCGGUUCAUCAUCAUAUUGUUAUACAAUUAUGCAACGUAGAUGUAAUUUGAAUCUUCUGACGAGGCAUUUUGACCCUCAACUGAUUUGGGCCUUGGGCAGAUUCCUGCAACCUUGUUUCUACUUUUAGAUGCUUCUCGUCGAGGUCGGGCAUAUCAUUGUCUUCUCCAUCAGAAGUUGGCGAAUCGUGUGCGCCCAACUCUUACUGUAAUCCACUAGUUCUAAUCUCUCGGCACAGAGAGGAGAAAGAAGCAGGUUCCAUGCUACCCUGAAUGGAUGAUGGAAUAAAGACCGAGGAUAAAAAGUUUCGCCGCGCUUUCUGCGAUUCUUUUCAGCUUGAAACGAACUAUUCUCGCGGAAGCUUAAAGGCAACACUGCGUGGCUCGCGACUCCACGGUGAAGGAACGAUCCAUGGCCAAGCCGGCUCCGACUAAGAACGCCGGCGACGCAGCAACGGCGGUGGUGCCAGUGCCGAGUCCGUUCGAGUACCAUGUCUAUGGCCCCCGCAAGCUGUCCUUCACCAGCUGGAGAGAUCUUCUUAGCUCAAGCUGGAAGAACCCCAACUACCGGCGGAUGGUGAUCGCGUGCUUCAUCCAGGGGGCGUACCUGCUGGAGCUGGACCGGCAGGAGAAGCGCGACGAGCGCACCGGCCUCGCGCCGCAGUGGUGGCGCCCGUUCAAGUACAGGCUGGUCCAGGCGCUCGUCGACGAGCGCGACGGCUCCAUCUACGGCGCCGUCCUCGAGUGGGACCGCCAGGCCGCGCUCUCGGACUACAUCCCGUUCCGCCCCACCAGCGCGCCCGCCGCCGUCGUGGCGCUGCGCGGCACGCUGCUCAAGGCGCCCACGUUCCGCCGCGACGUCGUCGACGACCUCCGCUUCCUGGCCUGGGACAGCCUCAAGGGCUCCGUCCGCUUCGCCGGCGCGCUGGCGGCGCUGCGGGCGGCCGCGCGCAAGUUCGGCGUGGCCAACGUGUGCGUGGGCGGGCACUCGCUGGGCGCCGGGUUCGCGCUGCAGGUGGGCAAGGCGCUGGCCAAGGAGGGCGUCUUCGUGGAGUGCCACGUGUUCAACCCGCCGUCCGUGUCGCUGGCCAUGAGCCUCAAGGGCUUCGCCGAGACGGCCGGCGAGCUGUGGGGCCGCGUGCGCGCUUGGAUACCCUACAUGGGCACCCAAGCCGGGGACGCCGGCGGCGGCGGCAACAGCGAGAGCGAGGCCAAGGCGUCGCUGGCCCGCGCCGGGAUGGCCAAGUGGCUGCCGCACCUCUACAUCAACACCAACGACUACAUCUGCUGCUACUACAGCGACGCCGCGAGCGGCACGGCCACGGUGGCCGUCGGCAGCGGGGGCGGGAGCGGCACUAGCAAGGCCGGCGUGGCGAGGAUGGUGGUUGUUUCCAAGGGGCCGAGCAAGUUCCUGGCCGCGCACGGGCUGGAGCAGUGGUGGGCUGACGAUGUCGAGCUGCAGGUGGCGCUCAACCACAGCAAACUCGUCGACCGCCAGCUCAGGUCGCUCUACGCCCCGCCACCGGCCGCACCGGGCGCUCGGAGUUAGGCACGUGUGCCAUGGUACUAUCGACUUAUUAUCAUCGUUUUUUUUUUCGUUGAAUGGUUAUUGCCAUUGUUGCUGUUCAUGUUGAGAUGGUUGGGUCCUUGCGGCUGGGGUUAAUGAUGUGCCCAAUUCUUUUUUUACAAAAACAAUUUGACAUAUUGGUUUAUACUCUAAUGUGUCAUAAUAUAAGAUGUUUCUGCAAGCUAUGUUAACUUGCAAAAAGUCUUAUAUUGUGGAACAGAGAAAAUACUAAAUAAAAUAGAUCAUAUCAAAGUUGUCGUCUCUAA